UGAUAUAAAUCAGCACGUUUCUUGCGCCCUUCCCACUUUACUUCCGACAUUUCCGCCGGCACCUGAACGCAGCGCGGUGGAUGACCGGGUGCUCCCUUGUCCCUUGGCUGAGUUGAGUCGGAGAUCUCGGGCUGCUCGGAGCUCCGCGUAUCCUCGUCAUAGUGUGACUUUGUGUCCGCGCUGCUGUCGCCUCGGUCCGGGUUCUGAUGACACAGUGAGCCGCUGCUCCGCCAACAUGGCUCUGCGCUGUUCCUCCCUCCCUGUUCCCCCUUCUCCAGCUCCAUCAUGCCCAUCCUCAAAAACCUCCCAGUUCGCCUGAAAGGCGGUGGUCCGACCCUAGACAACGCUUUCAUCUUGCGCAGGAUGAGCCUCAACAUCAACCCCCGUCAUCAUAGCCCCUUUGACAAUGACGAAGACAGUAUCCAUGGCAACGGAGGCCAUGGUAACCACUGGUCACCUGGCAGCUCGCUCCUGGAUGACAACGUGUCGAGGGACCGCAACCCGUUCGAGGAUGAGGAGGACGAGAACGAGGCCAAUGAGGGGAAAAAGGGAAGCAGAGGAGGAGGUUCGGGGAAGGGAUCGCUGAAGUUCAAGUCCCCGCUGAAGAACCUGGGAAAGCUGGGGAAGAACCUGAGGCUGUCGGCGAGGAGCAAAGGAAGUGACACACCCUCCCCACAGGGAACUCCUUCACCUGCAACGAAGAAGAAGAGAGGCAGGAGGAGCUCUGAAGGAAGUCUGCUCAGGUUUGCGGGGAAAUAUCGCGACACCAUCAGCCCUCGGAAGGACAUCGCCAACGGUGAGCCAAACUGCUCAGAGAGCGAGGGCGACUCCACCAGCCGCCGCCUGUCCUUCAUGAAGAUGGUGGGUCUGGGAAAGCUGAAGAGGGAGGCUGUGACUGACCACUCCUCUCAGUGCCCUGAGGAAGAGUCGGUGCAGGAGGAGGUCAAACCCAGAGAGCCGCUGUCAGUCCUAGAGAUUCUGCAGCUGGUGAAGAAGCGCGACCUGUUCCUCGCUGACUCCCACAUCCUGGAGCUGGAGCAGGAGUGUAACGAGGCUGCUGCCGCAGACCGGGGCGCCGCGGCGCAGCCAGAGGACGCCGGCAACCUGGGCACCAAAGACAGUGGGCGGAGGAAGGCGAAGGAUGUGGAGCUGCUGUACGAGGAGCUGCAGAAGGAACUGUGGGCCGUGGUCAGGGAGUCUCUGCGGUCCCCGACAGCCGGGCCCAACCUGGGCCUGGUGGUGCAGGUGCUGCAGCAGGAGGAGCAGGCUGAUAAAGACUGGAGCCUUAGCGAGGCAGCAGCCCUUGGGGACCCGAGGCCCCGCCAUCUGAAGCAGAGGUGGAGGGAGGCGGUGGAGGAAGCAGCCGACAGCUCUCUACCUCAGAGAGCAGAGUUCACAGCUGGAGAGCUGGAUGGAUACCUGAACCAGCUCCGAGCCCGGGUGGUGGAGGACCUGGGGGCCGCCAAGAGGAACGUGGUCUCCAUUUACCCUGAAGACUACCAGCCCUUCCAGGUGUACGUGCAGAGCUACCACCAGGCGGUUGCCAGGCGGCUGGAGGCCAUUGCUGACAACCAGCUGGAGAUCACGGACACCUACUCACUACUUGACUGGCUGCACAACAAAUACAACAGAGAUGUUCUGGGGACAGUGUGCAUCACGAGUCCGUUCAGCCGCUCUGAGCUCAGCCCUCUGCUGCCGUCAGAGACCGUGGACCGACUGGAGCUGGACUGUCUCAACUCUGUCAGGGCUAAAGUCAUCACGGAGCUGAGUCAGGUCCUGGAUGAGGAGGAACGCCGAUGGAUGGAGACGCUGCACAUCGAGGAGUACCAGAUCACACUGGCCAAGACCGUCAUACAGAGGCUGCAAGUGGAUUUGGAGCGAUCGGCCUCCAUCAGCAGGAGCCUGGGCUCCAGAGUGGCCCAGUGCAGCCUCAACGGCCUGGCCAACUUCUUCUACAGUUUCCAGCGGAAAGUUGAGAUGUUCCAUGAAGGAAUGCAGAGCGGCAUGUUUGGAGACAAUGAGGACGGAUACGUGUCCAAAACCAUUGCGCUGGUCAACUGCUGCCCUCCAUUCAGAUGUUUUGUGCAGCGCUGUGCUCCGUGUGAUCCGUCGGUCAGUGAGGACUCUCUGCGUCGAGCCAACAGAGCUCUGGAUCACAUCGUGCAGCAGGGAGUCCGGGUGCUGUCGGAGCGCCUCUACCUGCACAUCAAACCUUACUUCGAGCAGCUGGUGAGGAGGAAGUGGCUCAGCAACGCGGAGCCAUAUGAGCAUAUCGAAGCUCUCAUUAGAGAAGGCUUCAAGAAGUAUCGCAGGAUGGACUGUCCUCCAUACCAGUUACUGGUGGCCGAGGUCCACCGGCGGGUGGUCAUAGAGUACCUUCGCUCGAUCAUGCGAGGCAGAAUCAUCUGCACCUCCAUGAAGAUGAGGAAGAGGAUGGCCGGCCGGCUGAGAGAUGAAGGCAAACAGAUCAAAGUGCUCUUCAAAGACCUGGAGUCUCUGUCCAGCUGGGUGGACAGCGCCCUGCCCCACAUCUCAGAGAUCAUCCUGCUGGAGGAUGUCCCCUCCAUCCAGAUGGAGGUGGGAGUUCUAGUCAGGGAGUUUCCGGACGUCAGGAAGAAGCACGUGUCGGCCAUCUUGAACAUCCGGGGGAUGACUCGGCAGGCAGAGCGUCAAGAGAUCCUCAACAUCGUCAAAGACAUCGAGAGCAGCGAUGACGGCGGCUCGGUCCGGUUGUCCCGGGACCGUGCCCUCUUCGCUGAGGUGCCAGUCACUUCCGAGGUCCACUGUCUGAACAUGGGCCUGAGCCGCAUCGCCCUCACUGCCUCGUCCUGCUUCACCAUGCAGCGACCGCGCCGGCCUAAAACCCGAGCCCCCAUCCAGGAAAACCCCGAGGACAUCCUCUGAGGAGCUGGGGUUGCAGCGAAGCUCCUGGCUGGAAAUGAAACUGUGGCUGAGAUACAACAGCCUCCAGUGGUGGAGCUUAUGAUUUAAUCAAGCUGCUGCUGUAAAGGAACCGAGACAAUGCUUAAGACAAAGAAGAGGAAUGGUGUGAAAUGAGCCCAGCAGAGACUUGGAGACGAACAGGAGAUUCACCUUCAGUCAUUUUGACUCUUUGAUUUCAUGUCCACAACAUUUACGUUUUUACAUAGUGGGAUCCGGAUAAAAAUAAUCAGCGCCUCACUGCUGAGGGGAAGACAGCCGAGAAGACGAGAAGAGAGCGAGAACUGGGAUGAAGAAUCAGCUCUUCGCGGCUGGCAACACCUUCAGGAGCGGACGGAGAUGAAUGAGUGGUGGCACAGCGUGAUCACAGAGGCAUCAAGAGCGUCAACAGCACACAGACACAUCUCCAUCCAGGUCUCUUUGUCGAGCUGAUCUGAAGUCAAGCUUUUCACCUGGGAUUCUCAGAUCUGUUCGGUGGAAAUUCACAGUGUUGUGAUAUGAAAUCAUCCAUUUUCAUUCAAAUAUCUGUUCACCGGUCUGGUCAGAUCCUCUGUGUGCAGCAAUGAACCGAACUUACUCCAAGAUUCAUCUUGUUUUUGACACUGCUCUGACCAGGCCUUCAUUCAGACUCACAUUGUGGCUUUGUUCCAGUCUUCAUGUAGAUUUUCACACAUUUAACAGGAUGACAUUUCAUGUUGGCACGUUUUCAGACAGGACCUGGUCUGUAGCAUCGAGUUGUCGCCACAUUUCUCUGCACGACUUCUGAACUCUGGCACUUCACAGAGGUGACAAAGUCCCAGGACCAGACCAGGCUGAAGCAAACAGUUCACAUCAUCGGGACCUUUAGUUUGUCUGCAUUCUGAAUCAGUGAACCGGAGUCUGGUCUGAGAACCAGCAGCUGGACUCAAAAUGAAAUUCAGGAUCUGUUGGGAGGAUUUCUGAGGCUUCAGGUUCCACAGUUGUGUUUAUCGUCCCAGGACUUCAUAACAAAAUCUGGAGAUGCAUUUUUGUUGAUGCAUGUGAUAAAAGACAAACGUUUUAGUCAAAGGUACUAGACAAAGAUCGAAGCCUGUCUGGCUCCAGGCUGAUUGUGUUUGCAGCAGUGAUUACAGAUUGAGCUCUGUGGUGAGGUUCGUUAUACACAUGUGAGAUUCACUGAUCUUUGUUUUAGUGGCAGAACGAUCUUGAACAUUUCCUCCAGAAUCCCUGGGGAUGAGAGGAGAGAAUCAGUCUGUCAACACAGGAGGGACAGAACUACAAACUCAGAGACAAACAUCUGCUCAUGAUUCACUGCGUUGUGUUGCAUUUCUUCACAUUUAAUUCUUCUGCAUGUUUUGGGUCCUAAACUAGAAGCAUUGUGAAAUUUAAAUUGCUGCUGAUAAUUUUCCAAGCCAUUCAUCAGUUCUCACUGGUUCACUUCAUGUCUAUAAAAAUCAAAGUUUUGUUCUAGGUUUAGUUUAUAUGCAGGGUUGGAAAUAUCUCACUGGUGUGUUUAAGGACAGUCAGAUGUUUGAGCUCUCCCUCAUCAAACCAUGAUUUUUCUGCUGAGGUUCACAGUGGAGACACUUUAGUUCCUCUGUCUUGUAAAUGUGGCUGUAUGAAUCUUUGUGUACAGGAUCAUCUUUAAAGGACAAUAAAA